GGGGGAUGCGCCGCCGAAGGGAACCCCGAGGCCGCUGCCCCGGAGCAGCCUGGCUUGGGGGGAUGAGUGGCUCCUGUCACUCAAAUUGACCUUUGCCUUCGCACGCAGCUGCUGGCAGAGCCCCCGGGGCCCGCAGCGCCAGGGCGGCCGUGGGAAGCCGGGGCCGCGGACAAAGCUGCUGCCGCCUAAGCACAGACUGCACGGCGAGGGGUUGGGGGCACCUGCGUCGUCUUAGCUCUGAGCGGAGAAAGUUCUGUGUAGCUCUAGGAAAUGAAGCAUUAGUUUAGAAGAGGACCAUAAACUUCCUUCUGAUUGCAUCUGGCUGUUCACCAUGAAGUUAGGAAAACCUAAAGCGGGCAUUUCUCGGAGCUCAAGCCAGGGAAAAGCCUAUGAGAACAAGCGCAAAACGGGCCAGCAGCGGCAGAGAUGGGGGAUGACCAUUCGUUUCGACUCGGGCUUGAGUAGACUGAGGAGAAGCUUGGAUGAGAAACCCUACAAAUGCACUGAAUGUGAAAAGAGUUUCAGUCAGAGUUCAACUCUUUUUCAACACCAGAAGAUCCACACUGGAAAGAAAUCUCACAAAUGUGCCGACUGCGGGAAGAGUUUCUUCCAGAGUUCCAAUCUCAUCCAGCAUCGACGGAUCCACACUGGGGAGAAGCCCUAUAAGUGUGAUGAGUGUGGAGAGAGGUUCAAGCAGAGCUCCAAUCUCAUUCAGCACCAGAGGAUUCAUACCGGGGAAAAGCCCUACCAGUGUGAUGAGUGUGGCCGAUGUUUCAGCCAGAGUUCUCACCUUAUUCAGCAUCAGAGAACGCACACCGGGGAGAAACCCUACCAGUGCAGUGAGUGUGGCAAAUGCUUCAGCCAGAGUUCUCACCUGCGACAGCACAUGAAGGUGCACAAAGAGGAGAAGCCUCGGAAGACCCGGGGUAGAAAUAUCAGGGCAAAGACGCACUUGGUGUCCUCUUGGAAAGCUGGCACGGGAAGGAAGUCGGUGGCCGGCCUCCGCUAGGCAGAUGGCACUGCCUCAGCUCUCUACAAAAAGAUAAAAGCUGUAAAAGGCCGAGAUGCUUUAUAGUGGAGCAAUUACUGCUGGAUCUUUUCUCGGAAGACAGAUAAUAGGAAGUUAAUGACUUGAUUGGGAUAAAAGAAAUUACACAAGCCUAGAUGCCCUUGUUUCUUGUCUGUGUGACGUGGAGCAGAAAGAAUUAAAAGUAUGCUUCGAGGGAAUGGAAGCUUUCUUGACCUCAUGGAAUUGCUUCCUGCUUCAUUCUAACAACAACCAUCAUGCUUAAUGACACAUUUGUGAAAGCACAGGCAUGCCAGGCGUUACUCAAGUUUUAGGACUUCCUGUGGAAGAGAUUUACUUAGAAGGGAGAAGAAUUUCUGUUGGCUUUGAAGUUCUCAGUAGAUGAGGGGAUUUUAUGUUUAAAGUUUUGUAGUAUAUUAACCAUUGGUGUGUGAAUGUGACUCUGUAUUCAACAUGUUAGAAUCUAUUCAUGUUCACAGAUUCUGAAUCAACAGGGCCAUCGUUGCUAGCAUUCUUAGGUUUUUUUCCCUUCUGCUUAUGGCCAGUUACGAAUUGCUUUUCACCAAAAUCUUCAUAAGAGAUACCAUGGAGUCUAAAGUAAGAACUGAAUUAGACCGCAAGUGUAUUCCUACUAAUAACUGUUCUGUGUGAUGGUGUUACUGCCAUGUCACUUGUUUUCCAGGAGGUGGGGUGAAUGUAUGAUGAUUCAUUCCAAUAUUGAUGAUCACUUUUGGCAUUUUUGCUCCCGCUCAACUGAACCAGCCCUUUAAGAGCUACAGGAAUAAACAAUUUUAAGAACAGACUUAGUUUUUCUCUUGCUAAUUAGAAACCUACAAUGUACAUGCCUCACCAUGUUCAAGAGUGUAAACUUUAGAUUUAGCUUAAGUGUUUGUGAACAACAUAAGUCAUUUAAUGUUAAUGUCAUUGUAUUGUAGCUCCUUGGACAUUUAACUUUCUCUGCAUUACAGGAGUUAAGGCUCGUAAACCUGUAACUUCUGUCAGAGUGGUGCCAGUUGUCGGUUACCCUGAUCAGCCUUCAGCUCAGGUUUUAAUUUCUAUUGAAUACUAACAUUCUUAUACUUUUUUUGGUAUCUUUUAUAAUCAUGUCAGUUUCUGCUAUACUAAUGACAGUUAUCCAUAGAAAUAAAAAAUGAAGUAUUUUGCAUACUACUGCCUUCUCUUUUUUUGCUGGGAAAUUGUAGUGAUCUAGACAACUGAUCUAAGUUUAAAGACCAAAAAAGCACAGCUUUCGAUAUAAUCGCUUGUUUUGUCUGUUUUUUGAUUUCCUCGAAUUUGAACUUUGCUUCCUCCUCAGCCUUGCGUUAAGUGCAGGGUCAUAGAGUAUGGCCUUGUUGACAGCAGUUUCACCCAGUGGGAAUAUCCAGAGUGUUCUGUGAGGUGAUUACAGACAAUGUUUAUAGUGGACUUGAUCUUUGCCUGUUAGAGCCAAGUCACUCUGUGGCAGGGGCAUGGCUGUAGGGCCCUUCUGAGGACCUGUGAGUAUUGUUUUAUUAUUGUAUCUGGAGUAACUUCUGGCUAGGACCAAGGCAGCUUGAAUUUCAUGAAUUUGCUAUUUUGAUAGCAACCACAGGGUCCUGCAACAGAGGGUCCUCUGUACAUUGUGAGAUUUCAUAGUUGACAUUUCUAUCUUUGACAGACUUACAUAUCCUUUAUAAAAGUAAAGCUGAUACUCUUUAGAUUUUAAUGUAUUCUCAGUUUUACUUGAAUUGCAUUUUGGGAAAGAUGAGUAAUGUUUAUGGUAAUUAACAUGUGGUACCAAAGCCUUAUGCUUCUUUUAUGAGCAUUUUAUGAGAUAGAAAAAUAACAGCUGCUUAAAAUUAAUAAAGUUCCACUGUUAGAAACAUUAGUAGGUGUCACCUCCUUGAAUAGAAAUAUGCUGUGCCCUCAAGGGCCCCACCCCAAUUCUGCUGAAUUUCCAACAUACUUCAGAUGUUUACUGCGCACUGAAUCCUUCAUUCCUUUAGAAAACUCCUUUCUUAUAUAACCUCCAUAUAUUUUAUUUGGGGAAAUAAAAAGCUCAAAGGUUGUGUGGUUAAAAAUCA